UGAAAUAGGCAAUGGAUGUGCUUUAAAGUGUCGAAGUAAUUUAAAGGCAGUAAGAUAGUGAGAUGUAACUAAAUGUUUAUAGCUGGAAUCGCUUCGUAAAGUACAAGUUCUAGAAUGGCUUUUCCCAAGAAUUUUGCCAAUAUCAUAAAGACUUGGUUAGAAAUUAGAAGCAGUAUUAAUUUCUUGCAUUCACGGAAUAUCAGUUGUUUUCACACACCUUACAGUAAAUAUUUGGCAAGAGAAGCUCGAGUUAUGAGAAAAAUGCUGGGAGAAAAAACAGAAAAGAAACUGUGGUACAAGUCUGAUGGAAGCACCAGUCUUCCAAUACCAAGAAUGAAUGUUGCAAAGUGUGGUCAGAAUCAUCGAAGAAUUGCAGUUCUUAACAAGCUUUUCAUGAGACAUAUCACGGAUAUGAUGGCAUCGGGCGAAGUUGGAAAUGAAAUACUUGGCAGGGGUAUUGAAAUAUCCAGAGUAAAAGUGGCUCCUGAUUUCAACAAAGUAAAUGUAUUCUGGUUAGCCAGAGGUACAGAAAAUGAUGUGGAGGUGGAGAGUAUUUUGAAAAGAUCUGCAGGGCAUCUGCGCCAUCAGCUGUCAGAACUUCGUGUGAUGGGUGUUGUACCAUAUAUAGAAUUUGUCAAAGACACACAAUAUGCAAAGGUUGUGGAGGUAGAGAGAAUUCUUGCAACGGCUGACUUUGGAGAAGAUUAUGUACCUGUGGGCGCAGGCUGUCAGCUCAAGUCUGAGUUCACAAUGCACACUCACUUGCCACCUAACAUAAAGUCUCAUAUUGAGAAAGUGGAGGAUGAGAUUCCUGAACCAUCACUUCCACCCAUGAGGAUGGAUGUUUUGGGUCUACGACAUGAAGAAAUAAUGAACAAGAUAAGGAACUCGGUGAAAAAGUCCCAUGCACUCCACAGACAUGAUGUCAGAAUUCCAUUACAAAACUUCACAAACAGUGAAUCAGUACAGCAGAAUCUUGAAGAUGCUAAUCAUGACAUUUUUAAUUUGAAGAAGGAAGAUUUUACCAAGUUCUUGAAGAAGAGGCACUUCUUGCAUAAGAAAGCCCUUUGCAGCAAAAAGAAUUACAGACCAGAGUUGGAACUGCAUGAGAAUGAAGUUUUGGAAGGUGGCACAGUAGUGUCAGAUUUUUUGGACAGUGUUAGAGAAGAAAAGGAUUAUGUAGAUGACAGUGAAGAUGUAAAACUUUAGAAUGAUUAAUAGAGAACUGAACAUUUUCCAGUUAUAAAGACUGAACCAUACAUGCAUUAUACCUUGUAUCAAAAGUGACAGGUAUGGUGGCAGUUUUAAUUUUGUGAUCUUUAUUAUUUGAUGUAAGUAGGUACAAAUAGUUUGUCUUAAAAUAUAAAUAUUUACAAUCUAUACAACAAAAAUGAAGUGCUUGAAAUUUUGUAAGGUUCAUACUGUUAACAUAACCACUGUCUGUGCAGAAGGGAAUGUUGUGUUGAAAGAUUUACAGUUUGUCCACUUAAAUGUUUAUGCACCACCAAAGAAGUCUCGGUAAUAAA